GAAAAAAAAAAAAAAAAAGUGUAGAAACGAUUUGGGUGUUUCUAUCUAGAAUUCCUUAUUGGGAAUGAAAAAUAAUGCGUAUUUCUUGCCUCUGUCUCUUUUUUUCUUUGAUAAACCUUGCACUCAAUACAUUUGUUAUGCUCGACAAAGUUGUCCUUCCUGCAGAUAUAUAUCAUCUAAUACUAUCGCAUGCCUACUCUACCGAAAAUGUAAGGUUGAAUGCCUUUUUAGCCUGUUGGCUAAGACAAUAUGUUGACAUUCCUUUGAUGUAGGAAGAGAUCAUUGGUAUGCUGAUUGGCUAUUGGGAGACAGUACCAAAUACCAAUCCAUAUAUCGAAGGAACAAGAACAGUUGCACAGGUGAGGCAUAUCUCGAUUUUGACCCGAUCAGAUAAGCGUAAAGACCGAGUGGAAAUAGCAGCUGAAAGUCUACACUUGGCUGCACUUCAAGCUGAGGAAUUUUCCAAGAAAACAGGAACACCCAUGAUGGUGGUUGGUUGGUAUCAUAGUCAUCCACAUAUAACUGUAUUUCCUUCCCAUGUUGAUUUGAAAACACAAUUAACACAACAAAUGAUGGAUGAAAGAUUUUUUGGUAUUAUCGUGUCCUGCUUUGAUAAUAAUACGGAUAAUACUGAAAAGGUUCAGAUCACAUGCUUUCAAUCAGAGAUGGAUCAAUAUACAAACACACCCAAAAAGAAGAAUAUACACUUGGUAAUACAACCGUCGACAGUGCUUGCAAAAGCAACAGGGACAGCAACGUCAAAAACGAAAGUCAUGCAAGGGCGUGCUCAUGAUGAUAGGGCGAACAGCGCUAGAGAACUCUUCCUGAGCCUUCCGGAGCAUAUGUACGAUGAAUAUAAAAAAGAAUUUUACGUGUCCAACCAAAGUAUUGAGUAUAGUUUGAGAAAUAAGCGGAAAAGUGACAGUGAUAUUGGUCAAUCACCGCGAUCAAUCCAACCAGUAUCUGGCAGUAUAAAAUCGGUGCCUGACAAGAUGACAGAAUUGUAUAAUGCGAGUGUAUAUGGUCAGUUGGUGACAAGCUUAGUGGAUAACAUCAUCUUACCAGCGACCCACGUAUUGGAUUUAAAAGCUAUGGAUUUAGAUAAACAGGCAAGACUCUCUCUUCCCACUUCUUUUCAUAGACAUGUGUUUUACUCAUUCAUUGGGUCUUUUUUAGAUCAAUGAACAGAAAGCUUUGAAGCAACAACUGCUAUCAUCAUCAUCACCAUCCUCCUUUUCCUGGCCUUCAGCCAAUAAGAUGAGCAGCCAUUAUCUCAGUGACAGUAGUAGGAGCGGUAGUAGUCCUAUCAUUAACAACAGUCAUGACAACAUUGAUAAUGAUAAUAGCACUGGCACCCAGCAUCGCGCGCAAAAACCUAAAUCGAAACUGGAUGACUACUUAGUAGUAUUAGAUUAGAUUGUCCUUCUUCUUUUCGUUAUUUAUUCUUUUCUUCCCCCCUCCCCUUUUUGUAGUAGAUUAUAUAUACAUCUGUAAAAAGAAUGGUACCUGCACCUACCACUACUGAUACCAAUAGAGACAUGGAUAACAUUAGUAUCUAUAAUAAUAAAUACCUUUCGAUGGCAUGG